AUGAUCAGAACCAACUCGACCUAAAAAACAAAAUAGGUUGUACUUCAAAAUGGUUAAGUUCAAUCAUUGAGUCCCUUUAAUAGUGCAAUAAGAUUGAGUAGUCAUUAUUAAGAUGCUCCUAGCACACCAUAAAGAUAAAUAGUUUCUUAGAAUGCUUUAAGAUUGAUAGUUAAUAAUCAUUAAGCUGAAGUUAGAUAAUCUAAUGCUUUUACACCUAAUGGUAAAUAAUAAUAAUAAUCUGGAAAAUGCUAUUAAGAAAAUAGAUCUGUGAUUGUCUAAGAUAACACAAGAAUACAAUAGUUAAUAAAUGAUAAUAUGUACUUGUCUUAAGCAUUAGAAUAAACUAAGAAUGAAUUGAAAUAGCAUUAGUCAUCUACACAUGAAAGUCAAUAAUUAGAUUUUAUUAAGGUUAAAAUUGAAAGUCUAGAAAAAGUUAUUGAUGAUUAAGCUUUAGAAAUUGAAUAAUGGAAAUAAAAAUAUUAAAAAGUCUGCACAUAAGAUCCUUAAGAUUCAAUGUUAUAAAUGGAAUCUUAAAUCAUGUUAGUAAUAUAAGAAAAUGAAAGAUUGAAUAUUUUAGUUAAAAAUAUCUAGGAUUCAACAGAUAAAAAAGAUUAAUUAAUUUAGCAAUAAGAUUCAGAAAUUAAAAAACUUAAAGAAAAAAUCAAAAUAUCUGAAAAAACAAUAUAGAGUUAAAAAGAAGGUAUUUUAUCUAAUUAUUUAAAUAGAAAUUAAAUAAUGGCAUGAUAACUUUGCAGAAUUUGAAAAAAAUUCAAAGUAAUAAGUAACACAUGAAUCUGAAUUAUUGAAAAGUAAAAUGAAAAUCUAAGAACUUGAAUUUUAACUCCAUAAAAAGAAAGUUAGUGAAAAUAAUAAUGGAUAAAAACUAAGUUAAAGAAAAUUUGAUGAAAAUCCAGAAUUGGAACUCAAAUUAAGAUAAUUAUUAGAAGAAAAUAAUAAAUUAACACUUUUGAUUGAAACAUUAUAAAAUGAAAAUACUAAAUUAAAGUCCACAAAAUAAAGUAGAUCAACAAGUUGUUUUUAAUCAAACAAUUAAUUAUCUUAAGGAAUUCUCGAAUAAAUUAAAUAAGUAAUUUUUAUUAUUAUUUUUUUUAGGAAAUAUUUAAUUAAUAAUUAUUUAGUACUGAAGAAUUUAAAAAACUUAAAGUGAUUUAUCAACAGAAUGAAACUUUAAGAAAUCAGUUAGAUAAUGCUAAUGAAUAAAUUUCUAUUUUGAAAAAAACUCUUUCAUAUUAUGAAAACGAAUAAAAUGUACCUUCUGAUUAACUAUUUGAAGAAUUUUUAUAAAGCUAAAGUCAUUGUUUAAACAUGAUAUAACAAUUAUAAUAAUGA